AUGUCCAAGAACCAGCGAGAGUUCAUGCUGAGAGAACAACUGAAGAGCAUCAAGAAGGAGUUGGGCAUCGACAAAGACGAUGGUUCGGAGACGAUCUUGCAGAAGUUUAAGGAGCGCUUAGAGGGAAAGGAAGUGCCCAAAGAAGCGAAGGAGGCCAUUGACACGGAGUUCGAGAAGUUUGCGAACCUGGCGAAGGAGUCCCAAGAGUACCAGAUGACUCGGAACUAUUUGGAUUGGCUCAGCAGCAUGCCUUGGAGCGUGUACAGCAAGGAUACUUUUGACUUGAAGAAGGCCCGCGAGAUCUUGGACCGAGACCAUUAUGGUCUCGCUGACAUCAAGGACCGCAUCCGGGAGUUCAUCGCUGUGGGUGUUCUACGUGGCUCCAUGCAAGGCAAGAUCUUGUGCUUCGUGGGGCCGCCGGGUGUAGGAAAGACCUCCAUCGGAAAGUCUAUUGCUGAGGCCUUGGGUAGAGAGUUCUACCGAUUCUCCGUGGGCGGUUUGUAUGACGUGGCAGAGAUCAAGGGACAUCGCAGAACCUACGUUGGGGCGAUGCCUGGGAAGAUCAUUCAAUGCUUGAAGAAGGUGCAGACCUCCAAUCCGUUGGUCCUCAUCGAUGAGGUGGACAAGAUUGGCCGGGGCCACCAUGGUGAUCCCUCCUCAGCCCUGUUGGAGCUCUUGGAUCCAUCACAGAAUUCCGCCUUCAUGGAUCACUACCUGGAUGUUGCCGUCGACUGCAGCAACAUUCUUUUCGUGUGCACCGCCAACGUUCUCGAUACCAUCCCAGGACCUUUGUUAGAUCGAAUGGAGGUGAUCCGCCUCACAGGAUAUGAUCUACAAGAAAAGAUGAAGAUUGCGGAACAAUACUUGGUGCCAAAUGCUAUGGUAGAGGUGGGAUUGAAGCAGAAGAAAGCCGAGGCUCAAAGCGAGGUACAGGUACAGAAGGUGGCUGAAGAAGUCGAAAAGUCUGAGGAUGCCAAACCGCAGGAACCAGAACCAGAACCCGAAGUGAAGGCAGAGCCAAAGCAACUGAAGCCAGAGGUGAAGGCAGAGAUUGAGACCGGUGCCAUCGAGUCACUCAUCCGCUGGUAUUGCAGAGAGGCCGGUGUGCGAAACCUCCAAAAACAUAUCGAGCGGAUUUGCCGAAAGUUGGCCACAAAAGUGGUGGAGAAGUGGGAAGAUAAGAGUCAAGGCACUUCCUCCAAAGAUACAGAUGCGACGGGGGAUGCGAUAGAUCCUUCAAAGUCUGAAGUCAUUGAGCUGCGGGUGGAUGAAGCAUCUUUGAGUGAAUAUGUGGGCAAACCGGUUUUCACCUCUGACCGCCUCUACGAAGGCCAGUUGCCCUCUGGCACAGUCACGGGCCUCGCAUGGACUGCCAUGGGCGGCUCUGUGCUAUAUAUUGAAGCUACUGCACUCGCUCGACGUCGCAGUGAUCCAGACAAGCCAGCAACUGCACCCCCUAUGUUAGCAGUUACUGGUCAGCUGGGCAACGUGAUGAAGGAAUCCUCACAGAUUGCCUUGUUGGUAGCUCGUCGUCAACUGCAAGCACGAGGGAAGGAUGGCUUCUUUGAGGAGCAUGAGCUCUUCCUUCACUGUCCAGAGGGUGCAACACCGAAGGACGGGCCAUCAGCAGGUGUCACCAUGACAACCGCACUGCUGUCGCUUGCGAUGAAGAAGCCCAUCCCGACAGACUUGGCAAUGACUGGAGAGGUUUCACUGAAUGGUAAGGUGCUGGCCGUGGGUGGUAUCAAGGAGAAGACAAUAGCUGCUCGGCGGGCGGGUUGCAAGACACUGAUCUUCCCAGAGGCAAACCGCCGCGACUUUGAUGAACUGCCAAAGUACCUCCAGGAUGGACUCAACGACUUAGUCGCACCGUCACCUUCUGAAUUCCACCUCCACUUUGCUUUUGAUCGUGCACUCCUGAUCGAAGGCUGA